AUGAACGUUUUAAGAAAAUUCAAUUUAUUUUUGGUUUUUUUAAGUUCAGUGAAACUUUUUACAUCUGCAGGUUUCUUCGAUGUUAGUGAAAAUCAAAUAAUCCCACGAUACAUAAGUUUUUUGAUAAACGAGAACAACAAAAAGGAUCAAACACAAAACCAUAACGUUGCCAUUAUCAGAAUUGAAUAUAACCCAGUAACGGACAUUUUUGGGAGAGUUGCAGCUGAAAUUUUAAAGGAAAAUGUUUUCAAUUCGGUUGUCAUUUACGAUUACAUGAUCACAAAGCAGAGAAUUUAUAAAAAGAUUAUCUCAAGGGCUUCAUUCAUCAUUAUCGUAAGUGAUUUGUGGAACCGUUCGUUUUUGAUUCAAACACUCUCGAAUAUAUUCAUCAAUAAUCCUUGGAAGGAUUCAACUAAAUUCAUUUUCGUUUACUCUCAUGAUAAUCGUCUUACACCAGAGGCAAUGUAUGAGAUAUUCUUCGUUUUCGAAUGGCUUGGUGUUUUAAAUCUUAUAAUUACCAGUGAGCAACUUAUUUAUGGCAAGAAAAUUCGAGUUUAUGGAUCUAACGAGUUUCAAAACAGAGUUGUAUUCAUGAUACGAAAUCCUUCAAAUAUCGAUUCAGUUUUUCGCGAUAAACUAAAAAACCUUCGUGAUUAUGAAUUCAAGAUAUUCUUAACUGAUGAUGAUGUCAGAAUUGCGGUCAAUGAUAAAACGAGACCGAUCGAGGGCAUCGAUGUUUCGAUAAUGAAAAUCAUAGCAGAGAAGCAUAACGGCAGAAUAAUGUUCGAAACAUUAUUAUACAGUAGCGAUGCAAAUUUUCCAAACAAGUUUGUUGAUUUGCUAACGGGAAGAAAAAGUGACAUGACGCUCUCAACAAAUUAUUACAUGCAAAAAGUUCUCAAGUACAUUAACACUUUUGAUGAGAAUGGAUAUUGUGCUUUGGUUCCCAUUCCUCCGCGACUCACAUUCAUUGAUUAUAUCUUAACUCAUUUUGAUAACUAUUCUUGGGGAUUUAUGUGUUUAUCGAUCAUUGUUUGCAGUGUUUUUUGGAGAUUUUUGACGAGACAAACUUUCCCAAGCAACUCUUUGUUUUACUUUAUUUUUGGCGUUGUUGCAAACUUUGUGGGUCAAUCGAUUCCUUUUAGAAAAUCUCGAAGAAUUCAAGUUAUUUUACUUCAAUUGUGCAUUUUAAUGACGUUUAUUUUGGGAAAUGCUUAUCAAUCUCUUAUUAUUGGAUCAAUGUUAACUUCACGUGAUGGCGUGAGAAUGAAAACCUUCGAUGAACUAUUUAACAGCAACAUGUCAUUUAAAGUUGAUGGAAUGUUUUAUAAUAAAAUGAGCUUUUCUGAGGAUUAUCCUUCAGCUGUUAGUCGAAUGCAAGUGGUUAAUUCAGCACCAAAAGACAUUGAAAAAAGUGCAAGGGAGAACAUUGUACUCAUUGGUGGAUGUGAACUUAUCAAUCAGUUGAUGUUCUUUCAUGCUAACGCCUCUGUUAUACUUCAUUAUUAUUAUUUACUGCCUGAAAAAAUAAUGAAAUUUUAUGAGAGAUUUCCAAUAAACAAUCAAAGUCCUUUCUUUGACUUCAUACAAUCUAAUUAUCUUUACAUUUUUGAGUCGGGGAUUCAACAACCUCUGAAAUAUUUCUUUAGUUUAAUUGCUGGAAACAAAGCUUACUUAUUCAUCCAAGAUUCAGACGAUAACAACGAAACAGACGUGAAAAAAUUUGCUCUUAAAAAUUAUUAUCGCUGUUUACUAAAUUAA